GCACUGCCGAGGCCGCCUCCCACCCGCGGGAUCCCGGCGGCCACCAGCCAGCUCCUGCGUCCGUCCGUCGGCCGAGCAAUCUGUCCACGCGCGGAAAGCUCGGCGCGGCGGCCGAGGGGCCUGGGAGGGAACGGGCGCGGAGGCAGGACCGCGGCUCCCUCCCACUCCGGGGGGAGCCCAGAAGGCGGCGGUGCUGGAGCGCGAGCCGGAGCCGGAGCCGGAGACGAAGAGAGGCGGUCGCGAGCACGAGUGGGGUGGGGCGUGCCCACGGGCCCCCGCCCCCCUCGUCCCCCUCGUCCCCCAGCCCAGCUCCGGAGCCGCAGUCCAGGCGCACGCCCCGGGGGUCCGCGCCGCACCCCUUCCCCGUGUGUUCUGCAGCCACCCAGGCCUUCCAGGACACCGUGGAGAGGGAACAAGGGGGCAGGGACGCCCCCUUCAGCAGGAGCCGUCGGAGAAGGGGGCCCGGACUGGAGGGAGGCAAGAAGCCCCACUGAAGCCAGGCGCAGGGUCUGGGACGCAGUUGGGAGUGCAGAGGGCUGACUGAGAGCCGCAGGAGCAGCAGGCUGUGGCCCAGGCCUCCUGGGUGACAGGCCCUGUCUGGCGGGGAAGAGGGACCAGAGACAACACUGAAGAGGCUGGACCUAGAACGGGGGCGGCUGCCUCACUCCCUACCUGAGCCAGCCGAGGGGGCCAAGGACUUUAGAGCUGUUUCGUCCGGCAUAAGAGAGACACUUGCUUUCCAGGGCAGCACCCUUUAUCCGAGAAGGCUCUGCAGGGAAGAGGUCUUUGCAGCCUGGAUGGCCACCCCACAUUCCUUUAACGGAGGCCUCUAGGCCUCAGAGAGAACCCAGAGUUAGAAAGGAGGCCAGACGGUCCUUGCUGUCCCCCUGGGGAGAGAGGAAGUUGCCGCCUGCUGCCAGGCCCAGGAGUAGCUGGGCCUGCAAUAGUGGGGGACCUGGCCCCUGAGGCAGUGGCGGCCAUGUCACGGCCAGGCCACGGUGGGCUGAUGCCUGUGAAUGGUCUGGGCUUCCCACCGCAGAACGUGGCCCGGGUGGUGGUGUGGGAGUGGCUGAAUGAGCACAGUCGCUGGCGGCCCUAUACGGCCACCGUGUGCCACCACAUUGAGAACGUGCUGAAGGAGGACGCUCGCGGCUCCGUGGUCCUGGGGCAGGUGGACGCCCAGCUUGUGCCCUACAUCAUCGACCUGCAGUCCAUGCACCAGUUUCGCCAGGACACAGGCACCAUGCGGCCCGUGCGGCGCAACUUCUACGACCCGUCGUCGGCGCCGGGCAAGGGCAUCGUGUGGGAGUGGGAGAACGACGGCGGUGCAUGGACGGCCUACGACAUGGACAUCUGCAUCACCAUCCAGAACGCCUACGAGAAGCAGCACCCGUGGCUCGACCUCUCGUCGCUGGGCUUCUGCUACCUCAUCUACUUCAACAGCAUGUCGCAGAUGAACCGCCAGACGCGCCGGCGCCCAGUACCCAAGCCUGCCAAGGGCACCAUUUGCUUGAAGAUGCUUUCUGGUGCCAACUGUGCCUGCCAAGGACAGGUGACCAGACAGCAUUGGACAGGCUGUGACCUGAACAGGCAUGUCAAGAGCCAAGGCGGCUGCUGCAGCUCCUUCUCCAGCUGUCACUGCUCCCAGCCCUUCCUGUCCCCUCUCAUGGCACAUCCCCCAAGGCCUUCAGGCUGCCCCCUGGAUUUCAGAACACCCCUCUUCAUCAGAACGGUCCCCGCGCUCCCGGUGAAGAAUUUGAAUGGUACUGGGCCAGUCCAUCCGGCCCUGGCAGGGAUGACCGGGAUACUGCUGUGCGCGGCCGGGCUGCCCGUGUGCCUGACGCGGGCCCCCAAGCCCAUCCUGCACCCGCCGCCAGUGAGCAAGAGCGACGUGAAGCCCGUGCCCGGCGUGCCCGGGGUGUGCCGCAAGACCAAGAAGAAGCACCUUAAAAAGAGUAAGAAUCCCGAGGAUGUGGUUCGAAGAUACAUGCAGAAGGUGAAAAAUCCACCUGAUGAGGACUGCACCAUCUGCAUGGAGCGGCUGGUCACAGCGUCAGGCUACGAGGGCGUGCUUCGGCACAAGGGCGUGCGGCCUGAGCUCGUGGGCCGCCUGGGCCGCUGCGGCCACAUGUACCACCUGCUGUGCCUCGUGGCCAUGUACUCCAAUGGCAACAAGGAUGGCAGCCUGCAGUGCCCCACCUGCAAGGCCAUCUACGGGGAGAAGACGGGUACGCAGCCGCCUGGGAAGAUGGAGUUCCACCUCAUCCCCCACUCGCUGCCUGGCUUCCCUGACACCCAGACCAUCCGCAUCGUCUACGACAUCCCCACAGGCAUCCAGGGCCCUGAGCACCCCAACCCCGGAAAGAAGUUCACCGCAAGAGGAUUCCCUCGCCACUGCUAUCUACCCAACAAUGAGAAAGGCCGGAAGGUGCUGCGGCUGCUCAUCACGGCCUGGGAAAGAAGACUCAUCUUCACCAUCGGCACCUCCAACACCACGGGCGAGUCGGACACCGUGGUGUGGAACGAGAUCCACCAUAAGACCGAGUUUGGAUCCAACCUCACGGGCCACGGCUACCCGGACGCUAGCUACCUAGACAACGUGCUGGCCGAGCUCACAGCCCAGGGUGUAUCCGAGGCUGCAGCCAAGGCCUGAGGCCCAAGGCUGCCCACCUUCCCUCCUGCUUUGCCCCUGGUCCGGCAAAUGCCUCCUUCGCCAGGUGUGUCCUGGUGGCCCAGGUUCAGGGCUGGGGAGGAGCCUGCGGAAGGAGCCGCAGCCAUUCGGGGGACCUGCCUGGUGGCAGCUGGGAUGAAGAGAGAUGGCAUGUCAGGCUGGCUCCGAAUCAUAGCUCCCUGAGAGGGCCAUGCAGAGAGUACUGGAAACCUCCCUACCAAAAAGACAGAGACCCGCCCCCUCACACACACACACACACACACGUCCUGUUGAACUCAUGCACGCACACCCACGUGCCUCUACUUGCCCCCAGGCUGGAAGAGAAGCGACAGAAAGACCCCAUGACCCCCCCAUGUGGAUCCCCAUCUGUGUCUCAGUUGCAUCCGUACAGCCUUGUCUGCAAACUGGAGGAUGCAGGGCAAGCCCUUAGGGGCCUGCCAGGGCUCGGGGGGCAAACAGGGACUUGGGAAACUCAGUGUACCCCCGAUGCCUCACCCAUUCCAUGUCAUCACCCAUGUCUGCCACCCACUGAUUGGGCAAUGGUGGGCCCAUGGGGUGGAAGCCCCCAGAUGACUGGGCAGUUCUACAAAAGAAUGGCCAGUGCAAGCGGGGACUAGAGGGUCCUGAUUUUGUGUUUGUCCCUCUUCAUCUCUCUGGACUCUGAUCUCCUUCUCCCUUCCCAUCUCCAGGCCUUCUGUCUGUCCCAGAUAAAGGCACUGUUCUCCCAUCCUCCCUGUCCCAUCCUCUCCACCUAAUCGUUCCCAAUUUUGAGAGCCAAAGGCUGGCGCUUCUGACUUCAGGAGCGAGAGGAGGAGGCCUAGUUUGGGCCCAUGUAUUUUAAAGCAGAGUGGACAGCAGAGAGUCAAUUUCCCUUUCGUUGGGAGUGGGCAGUGGGGUGGCUAAUCGUCUCCGGCCAACCAGGGGCCCGUUGCCCAGGCAACUCACCAGCUCUGCCUCUGCUGAUUGGCUGCCACGGUGGGAGUCAGCCAAGAUUUAAAGGUAUGCCAGCGAUUGCUCUUUUCAAAACCUACCAGUCCCACUGUGGGUGGAGAAAUAAAUGGUCUUUCUCCUCCU